UCCAUUGAACACACUAUAUAUACUAGUGAAACUCCAUUCAAUUUCAUCACAGCAAACUAACCUUCUUCAAUAUUCGAACUUCUUCUCUCCUUAGAACUUAACUUCCAAGAUGGCUCAGUCCACGAGCUUCUUCUUUCUCAUUGCUCUACUUGCGUUUGCACCAAUUUGUUUCUCUUUUAAGAGUAAUUACAAUGGUAACCUAUACCCCCAAUAUUACUAUAAAUCAUGCCCAAAAGCUCAAGAAAUUGUCAAGUCUGUUGUUGCCAGGGCUGUUGCCAAAGAAGCUCGAAUGGCUGCUUCAUUGCUGAGGCUCCAUUUUCACGACUGCUUUGUCAAGGGGUGUGAUGCAUCUUUGCUUCUGGAUAGCAGCAGAGGUAUAGUAACAGAAAAAAGAUCAAACCCCAACAGGAACUCAGCUCGUGGAUUUGAAGUCAUUGAUGAGAUUAAAUCUGCACUAGAGAAAGAAUGCCCACAAACUGUCUCUUGUGCUGAUAUAUUGGCACUUGCUGCAAGGGACUCCACUGUUUUGGCUGGUGGACCAAACUGGGAGGUUCCAUUGGGAAGAAGAGAUGCCAGAGGUGCCAGUUUAAGUGGCUCCAACAAUGACAUUCCUGCUCCAAACAACACAUUUAAUACCAUUCUCACUAAAUUCAAGAGACAAGGCCUUGAUCUUGUUGACCUUGUUGCUUUAUCUGGGAGCCACACAAUUGGAAAUUCAAGAUGUACCAGCUUCAGACAAAGGCUCUACAACCAGUCAGGAAACAGUAAACCAGACUCUACUCUGGAUCAAUCAUAUGCUGCCCAAUUGCGCAAUAAGUGUCCAAAAUCUGGAGGUGAUAACAACCUAUUCUUCUUGGACUUUGCCUCUCCCACAAAAUUUGAUAACAGCUACUUCAAGCUCUUGUUGGCUUCAAAGGGCCUGCUGAACUCUGACCAAGUUCUUACUACAAAGAGUCAAUCAUCAUUAGCCUUGGUGAAACAAUAUGCAGAGAACAAUGCGCUUUUCUUCGACCACUUUGCCAAGUCUAUGGUUAAGAUGGGGAACAUUUCUCCUUUGACAGGUUACAAAGGGGAGAUCAGGAAGAAUUGCAGGAAGAUCAACUCAUCUUAAAAGGGCAGUGAGCACAUCAACUUUCAUUUGCAGAAAUAGAAAAUAAUAAUUGUACCUUUAUUGUUUUUUGUUAUGUUUCUAUUGUUGUUCUUUUUACAUUCUUCUAGUUUCUUCAGUUUUCGUCCUUGAGGACGAUCUCAUUGAUUGUGCCAUCUGUUUGAAAAUUGUUAAUCAUGAUUUAUUA